GACAACUUGAGCUAAAUACCUACAUCAGUAAUUAAUGAUUUAAUAAAUUUACUCCAGAUAUUAGGAAACGUAAAUAUGAAUAACAGAACGUAGAUCAAUGUUUGUCAUUACAAUUAUAACCUCACAAAGCCGUUAUUUCAUACCUGUGUUAAAUCAUUUUUCAUUUUGAACGCUAAUCACAAAGUGUCAUAGAAGAGUUUCGGAUUCAGAGCAAUAAUUUUUUUGUGUGUAUUUUUUUGUAACAUUUUGAUACGUAAACUUAGCCGUAGUGUUGUUUUGUAAUUUUUAUAUUAGUUUUAUCGAAAAUGUACAAAAUGUGCACGUAUGUUACUUGGUUUUUACUUGUUUGCGGUUGCUUAUCUAUGUAUACGUUUGCUUUGAGCACUGGUCGAGCAUCUGUUAGUGAAAAUUACCCUAUUGCUACAACUACAAUUAGGCCAACAGAAGUUUCCACAAAAUCAAGGUAUGAAAAGGGCUUAGAAGACUAUGAUGAAGCUGUAGCAAGCUCGAGGAAAGCAAGAGGUAUGGUUGAUUACAAUGAUUAUGACCAUGACCAUCACCAUGACAUUAUAGUAGAUCAUCCACCAGAAAUGAUGAAAAUGAAAGAAGAAACCAAACAAGCUUCUGACGUUUGGACAAGUUACUACGAGUUCAUUAUCAAUGAAGGAUCAUUUAAGUUUUGGGCGGCUUUUCAGCUUUUCACUGCUAUCCUGCUUAUUUAUUCAGCCCUUGCCGCAGCUUACUAUGCUAAAUUCAACAUAAUAACAACGGACUACGAUUACUACGAUGAUUUCUUCGGAAGGUCGAACAGUGAUGCACCCAGUAACAAUUUAUGGUCAGGAUUGACGUCGUCCACCGUUCAAAGGAUAUUAGACGCCAUCUCGUCAAAGAAGUAUACAUAAGACUGUAAUUAAGGAGAAGGAACUCUUACAUUUGA